AUGCCUUUCUCGAACGCGCUACGACGACGAGACGACGAUGGCGAAGCAGACGAUGGUUGGUGCGAGGUCGCGACUAUUGAGGAUCAAUUCAUCUGGCCCCUUCAAGGCAAGACUUGGGUGCGUGGACAAACACAGAUGGUAGGCUGGGGAGCCGGGCGUGACGUCAACGGAACAUGGGGCGAAGGCAGCACGAAAGUCAAGUUGGAGUUGAUGUGGUGGACAGGCACAUAUGGUCCAGGCCCAGAUGAUCUGAAACCCAUAGUGAUAUUUGACAACAAGACCUUUGACUACCCUUCUGCCGACUGGAAGCUAUGGAACCCCAACUGCACAGACACGUACAUGAACUAUACCUGGACAAUACCGAUGGACUUGGACGUCGGCGAUUCGAAAUUCACAAUGACGGUGUACGACGUGUCGAACCGUAGCGACAUAAGCAUGUUGCAAAGCAAUUUAUUCUUCAUCAACGCGGACAACGGAACAUCAACCGCAGAUUCAAAUGCUAGCACCUCAACACCAGAAUCCUCACAAGAAAUAGCAGCCUCGACUGGACUCGCAACCGGUGCAAAAGCAGGCAUUGGCGCAGGCAUCGGCGUCUUUGCACUAGUACUCCUUCUCGCCGGUUUCUUCCUCUACCGACGCAAGAAGCGACAAGCAUCAAGCAUUGUCCCCACAGAUCCAGAUGGAUUCGAAAAGCCAGAGCUGGAUGCAAAGUCGACUGGCAUUUCUGAAGUUGAUGGGACUGGGAUAUCUCCGCAUCAAGCUCAGGAUAAUGCGAUAUACGAGGCUCCUGGUGUUUUGGUUCAUGAGGCUCCUACCGGAAAGGAGCAGACGGUUGUGGAGAAGAUGAAGGCAGCGCGGCAGAUUAAUGAGGAACCAAUUGAGAUGCCGGCCGAUUCACCAAUGUCGUCGCCAAAGACUUCGCAGGACAAGCUGAAUAGAACGUAG